GCGCAAGGCUCUGAAACUCACGCAUGCGCUACUGCGCUCGCCACCUCGAACUACCAAAUCUAGUUGAAUUGAACAAAAAUAACAACUAUGUCGGAGAAAGGAGAAGUUGAUUUAACUGGUGCCAAGCUAAACACGGGCGUGUGGCUGGUAAAGGUUCCUAAGUAUCUUUCUCAACAAUGGGCAAAAGCCACAGGAAGAGGCGACGUUGGGAAACUCAGAAUAUCAAAGAAAGGAAACCAAGGAAAGCCAGAGGUGUCUUUCACAUUAAAUGAAGAGUUGACCGUAAUCGAGGGUCUGGAAGACAAGACGGUGUCUGCACCUCGGGAUCACCCGCUAACCAUGCAGACGGUGGGAGGUCAGACACUGGCGGUCUUCACCGAGGCAUCAUCAGCGGGCCAAUCAGAAGAGAGAUCUGAUGGUGGCAGCUCAGGUUCGGGGGCAGGGGCUGGUCCAGAUAAAAUAGCUUUGGAGGGAGUGGUGGUGCAGAGAGCAGAGUGCAGGCCUGCUGUUAGCGAAAGUUAUAUGAAGCUAAAGAGGUUACAAAUUGAAGAGUCCUCCAAGCCCAUCCGGCUGUCGCAGCAGUUGGCCAAAGCAGUCACCAACAACUACAAACCUGUGGCUAACCAUGCUUACAACAUGGAGUACGAGAGGAAAAAGAAGGAGGAGGGCAAGCGAGCGAGAGCUGACAAACAACACGUGUUGGACAUGUUGUUUUCUGCUUUUGAGAAGCACCAGUACUACAACAUCAAAGACUUGGUGGACAUCACCAAACAACCUGUGAUUUAUUUAAAGGAGAUUCUGCGUGACAUUGGCAUCUACAACGUGAAGGGAACACAUAAGAACACCUGGGAGCUCAAGCCUGAGUAUCGACAUUACCAAGGUGAGGAAAAGACAGAUGAUUAAAGAAGACUUUACAACAUUAAACAUCUCAUCAGGUUUUGACUUUACUGGACAAGCUGCUUUUUCUUUGGGCCUUUUUUUGCAUUCUUCUCAUGUGUGACCGCCAAUCAAUCAGAUUGUAACAUGUUGACAUCCAAUAAUUCAUGCAUCAGGACCAAUAAAUGUUUAGUCUGCUGCUGUUUUUCAGCUUUUUAUUCCAUGUUUUCAACCAUUGCUGAAAUGUCAGAAUAAAUCAAUACAUUUUGUUUUCACUUUAUGAAACAU